CUUAUAUUCAGGUCGGAAUGUUUGGAUCAUAGUGAAUGCAGAACUGAUCAGGCUUGCAGAAAUGGUAUUUGUAUAAAUACGUGUUCAGGAGUAUGUGGAAUAAAUGCGAACUGCGAGGUUAGAAAUCAUGUUCCAGUAUGUAGUUGCCCUAGGGAUAUGACUGGUGAUCCUUUCGAAAGUUGUCAUCUCAAAGAUCCAGAGGAGCUUUGCCGUCCAAGCCCGUGCGGAUCAAAUACGAAAUGCGAAGUUAUCAAUAGUGUUCCAACAUGUUCAUGUUUGUUGGGCUUUAUUGGUUCUCCUCUUAAUGGAUGCCGCCAUGAAUGCGAAAGCGACAUUGAAUGUGGCUCUCAGGAGUUUUGCUCUAAAUUCAAAUGCACAAAUGCUUGUUCACAAUGCGGUAAAGGUGCAUCGUGUGCCCGCGUAACUUAUCAUCGCGCAGUUUGUGAAUGUCCUAAAGGAUAUAUUGGAAGUCCGUAUACUGAAUGCCGGGCAGAAUGCUAUGGAGAUCGAGACUGCCCGGUAGGUAGACCAGCUUGUAUAUAUGGGGUGUGUAAAAAUCCUUGUGAUGGUUCAUGUGGUGUGAAUGCAAAUUGCAACCUACGGGGUCUCACACCGGUAUGCAGUUGUCCACGUGAUAUGACAGGCGAUCCGUUUGUCAGCUGUCGACCGUUCACUAAGGAAGAUUUAUGCAGUCCAAACCCAUGCGGUGUAAAUGCUGUGUGUACGCCUGGAUACGAUCGUAACAACCGUGAACGACCGGUUUGCACAUGCCCACCAGGAUAUACGGGCAACGCACUCUCAAAUUGUGUCAGAGGGGAAUGCCAAAGUGACGGCGAGUGUGCAGAUCUCAAGGCAUGCAUAAACUAUCAAUGUGUGGAUCCUUGCAUUGGACAAUGUGGAACUGGUGCACAGUGUCAAGCAAGAAAACAUAUAGCUGUUUGCACGUGUCCAGUGGGUACCCAAGGAGAUGCACUUGUAACGUGCAGAGCUAUAAAAAGCUACCCUGUGGCUCGAUAUCACUAGUAUCUCAAUACUAAAAAAGAUUUCAAGGAAAAAAUUCUAACGUACGAACACUUCGCUUAUUAAUAACAAAAUGUGCUCACGUUAAGCUUUCGAUACACAUUUUUAAGAAAUGAAGCCAUAAUCGUUUUUGUUUAUGCAAA